CGGAAAAUAAACCAGGCAAAUUCAAGUUAGAGUACGUGGACAACUCUUUCGAGCCAGUUGAAAAAGAAAUAAUCGUUGCGACACAAAUCUCGCUGCACUGCAAUCGUUUAAAAAUUCACGGAAGAACAUCGACGAUACAUUACGUGUCCAUUACGAAACUGCGAUGACAAAAAGAUGAAAAUAUACCUAUUACGAGCACGAGUUCAUUGAGAAAAGAUAGCUUCGUCACAAUUCUUCAGUCCAAUUCUUACAUCAUUGCAGAGUGCAGUGCCAACGUGAUGAGCGGGCGACAGGAAGCUAAACCACGUGAUUCAAACCCUGCCACACAUUACAACAUCUUACGAUGGAAUGGGACGACUUUAAGGACAAAAUAUCGGUCCCGAUAUACGUAGCAAUAACGCUGGCGAUGUUCCUGUUUGAUAAAUACGGCAAAUUAUAAACCCGAAUGACAGGAUGAAUGCGGUAACCAAGACAGCAAAGUCUUCCAACGUGGAAAACCAGACCAAGGCGAGAACGCAGCAAAGAAAUUCGUACACCCAGCAAAGGCACAGCUCGAGCAAUGCCCUGGCAAAAAUAUCGGCCGUAACAGCCGAUCAGCGACGAGCUUCAGAAGUCGGACAGGCGACUAUUUCUUCGGUACGAAAACACGAGCAGCUGGCCGAAGACACGCGGAGGAAGUCCGCCCAUAUGGCGGUGACUAACGUCAUGAGGAUUUCCGGCAGCGAAUUGGAACCCAACCUGCAGAAUUACGAGGAAACGCAAAGUGGGCAGUUGGAAAAAUCUUACAAAAAAGAAACUAACGAACAGAAACGGGUAAUGGUUCAAGAAGUUCCGAGGGAUGAACAAGAGACAACUGAUGAUCUUAUCGCCAAGAGUAAACCGCGAAUGCAACCGUUUGUGGGCAAGGCGGAACCGGUCGCGUCAGAUAUCGAGUGUACGACACCAGGCAGCCGGCGGACGAUCGGUAACAAAGGUUCAUCGAGCGACGCGAACGUGAAGAGUUUGACGAUGGAUCACCAAACGGCGAUAACAUUAUCCAGCCUGGAAGCGGCCAGUUUUUACUGCGUUCUACAGGAAUGUCUCGAUUUCCUGAGCAUCCUGCGCUACGUGAUCCCGGCUGAGAUUGACGAGCGUUGGGACGAGCGUUACAAGACGAUCGCGGAACUUUACGGCGUGCCGGAUGAGCCGAAAAUGAUAUUUCGCGAGGACAUGGGACUUCUGCCUGUGAUACCCAGCGUUGCGGAAAAGAUUCAGCGCGACAGGACUUACGCGUACGAAAUUCUGAGGAGGACGACCAGUAACAUCAGGGAGAAUAAAACGUUCGAAUCUCUGGAACUGGUUAUCGAAGACAUUGUUAAAACUCAAGAGGGAGAACGAGAAUUGCAAAUAAACUGGGAGCUUUGGACGGAGCAGGCCAAACAACUGCAAGAUCUCGUGGACUAUGAUAAACUAGAAUUUGACGAUACGCGGAAGCAACGAAUCGAGAUGGUUCGGAAGGUCAACGCCGACGUGGACAACUCGAUAUUUCUCAACGGAUCUCAACUUGGAUACGUGGAGAGAUGGGAAGACGCUCAACUUGAAAAGCAGGAAUUGAAGCUGGCGCAGAAAGAAGGCGAAUUGCUGAGCCUCAAGGCAAACUGUGAAAAAUUGGAAAAGGCUGAUCAGAUAGUAUCGGGUGAAGUGCGAACUUAUCUCGAGGCAAACACUCGGGAAAUGGAAGAUGAGAUUAUAUCUUGGACAAGCCAAUACAUCGAGGAGCUUGAAAGACGAGAACAGGAAAUGACUGAACUAAAGGAUCACAUCGAAGGUCAAUUAGUUGAACUAGAGGAACUGAGUUUGUUGAGAGACGCGAGGCAAGUUUUCAUCGACGAAGUACUAGCGGAAAAGGAGCGAGCUAGAAAGGAAGAGGAAUACUGGCGAGAAAUUCAUCGGGUCGCCACCCUCAUUCAGGCACAGUGGAGGGGGUACAUGGUUCGAAAACAAAUCGGCCCCUUCAAAGGGCUCCGAGCACGAUUAAAAAAACGCAAAGGCAAGGGUGGCAAAGCCCAGAAGAUGGCUGGAAAAGGACGUAAGAAGCCUAGGACUUCGCCCUCGAAAAAGAAAAAAUAACUAUGAACCAAACUUCAGAGUUCUUCGAUUAAAUAUCUCAUCACAGCACGUGACGCAUUAUA